AUGUCGUUGUCUUCAUCUGGAACUAUUUCCUUCGUGGCGCUCGCAAUUGGUGUCCUGAUGGUGCUUGCCAGUCACCUGCUCUCCUCUCAGUCCAAAGGCGGUAUACACAACCUUACAGGUAUUCCUAUCCUUGCCGCCUGGGACUUCUAUACGAAGCGGUACGACUUUCUCCGGAAACACUUCGACUCUGGCAAGAAAUACUUUCAAUUCCACAUUCUCCAGGUAUUCAAUAUGUCAGUGUUCUUUCCGCGUACUACCCAACUCACCGCAUCUAUUCUUGAGCACCGAGUCAUUGCAUUGUCAGGCGAAGAUGCACGAAAGCUAUUCUUCAGUGAACAAGGCCUGGAUCUUGAUGAUGGAUAUCGACUCUUACAAGGUGGAAUUCCCAGUCUUGGAGACAUUGACGUCAAGGACGGCGAGGUGAAACUUGACACCGACUUUAUGAAGCGAUUGUUGUUGCUCUUGCACAAGGACCGAAUCUCGAAUGUGCUUUUGGACGAUAUCAAUCGCAAGAUGAAAUAUUGGGGUAAAGAAGGAACGAUUGACCCUUUUCAGGAUGUCUAUGGCCUUGCUGUUCAAAUGACGGUGCGCAUGGCGACCUGCGAAGAACUAGCGAAGAAUCAGGAGGACAUCAAACAUCUUAUGCAGCAUUACCAGGAUAUCGACGAGAGCGCGACACCUGUCAAUGUACUAUUGCCGUGGUUCCCUAGUCAAGCUAGGAAAGCUCAGGGAAAAGCUACAAGAGCUCUUUUCACUCUACUACAGAAGUACGUUGAUCUCAGACGUAAGGCAGCCGUCCCAUCCAGUGACCCCAUCGACACUCUCAUCGCUCACGGUGAUACUGAUGAAUCGAUUGUUGGCGCAAGUAUGGGCAUUAUCUUUGCUGGCGUAAUCAAUACCGGCAGGAAUAUGUGCUGGGUGCUUCUCAACCUGGGUGCCAACCCCGAAUGGAAAGUGAAGGUGGCCAACGAACUGAAAGCUCUUGUCGCAAACCACACAAACACACUUUCCCAAGAACCAUUUCACAAACGGCUUGCCGCGGUCCCUCUAAAUGCCUGGGAGGAAGAAUUGCCCAUGCUCGAUCUCGUGAUUCGUGAGACCCUCCGAAUCACCAUGUGCUUUGCCGUUCUCCGUCGAAAUCUAGGCAGAGGCAUUCCUUUGGCGGGUUCCACUAUCAACAGAGGCGACUUCGUCACCUACUCUCUGGCCGACGUCCACAUGAAUCCAAAUAUCUACACCAAUCCUGGUAAGUUCGAUCCUGGAAGGUUCAUGAAGGGGAAAGAGGAGGAUAAAAAGGCACCAUUUGCUUAUGCUGCGUGGGGUGCUGGCCGACACCCCUGCCCCGGAAUGAGGUUCGCGAAAUUGGAAAUCAAGUUUGUACUCGCUUUAUUCCUCGUUGGGUAUGAAUUCGAAUUAGUGGACGGCAACGGCAAAUUUCCUAGAGAGUUUCCAACCGUAGACCGCAAUGACCUCCAUCAGUUGAGCGCAGUCGGAGAAACUUGUUACCUCAAGUUUAAGAGGUUGAUUGAGUAG